GGAACGCUAGCGAUGGGAUGUAUUGCCUAUUUAGACAGUAAAUAAUAACGUGGUUAUACCGUGGGUUGCACUGCAUGAGUGGAAGCUUUAGGGCGGAGAGAGAGAGAGAGAGAGACGGAUGCGGACGGACAUUGUGAUCCCUGAUAAUACAGAAGAGAAGAGAUGCUCCACGGGGAUUAUUUUAAACCUCUCUGUUGACCUCUCAUCCCAUCCCGAGGAGCAGGAACAAACGCAAUUGUGCUUCAGUACUUCCCAGAAGCCAAAUACUGAGAAAUUAAUGCUGCCAGUUACGAUUUAAAACGCCGAGGAGAAUGAGGUUAUAAAUAUCGGACCGAAGAGGAAAUGGCCGUUUUCUUCGUGCCUGGGUGAGGAAUGUUGCGAUUCAUUUACAGUGACAGACAACUCAUGUGCCUCGUCAGACUUAUUUUAUAGUUUAACCGCUGUAAUAUCAAUUGAUGGUGAAUUUGUGUACAAUAUGGGGAGCGACAGUGAAAUAUUGAACCGGGAGCUGUCAAAGAUGUCCGAUGAAGACUUGCUGACUUGUUCUAAGGAAGAGCUGGUGAAUCGACUCCGCAAAGAAGAAUCGGAUAAGAUGUCCGCUCUCAUACAGCGCGGUCGAUUAAUAAAGGAGGUCAAUAAACAACUGCAGGGACAUCUGCUUGAAAUCAGGGAACUCAAAGUCAUCAACCAGCGGCUGCAAGAGGAGAACCAGGAACUUCGGGAUUUAUGCUGCUUUCUGGACGACGACCGUCUGAAAGUAAAGAAGCUCGCGCGUGAGUGGCAACUGUUCGGCCAUCACGCGGCCAAAGUGAUGCGCGAGGACCUCGGCGGAUACCUCAAGAAACUCGCCGACCUGGAGCGGAUGCAGGACGGUCUGGUGAAGGAGAAUCUGGAUCUGAAGGAACUUUGUUUGGUGCUCGAGGAAGAGUGCGUCAGCAGAAGUGAUUCCAGCCCGGGUGGCUCCACGGAUCUCAACAUACCGUGUAUGGUGGCCCGGGAUGUGGGUGACGGGAGCUCCAGCACCGGGAGUGUUGGCAGUCCAGACCAGCUGCACUUGGUGUGUUCACCAGAUGACUGAAGGAGAGGAGCAGAGCCAUAUUACUUAACCUUCUCUCUUGAUGCUGAGACAGACUUUUUGUCUACAAAAGUAGUUUACAUUUUCUGACAAAUGACAUCUCAGAUUUCGGUGGAAAAAAAAUAGACCAGGACUUAAGUAGGCUAGUUUACUCAUGGCCUUUUGAUGCCAUAAGUACAGUUUCUCUAUAUUUCCUUGAUUAACAUUUUAUAGUUGGCAGACCUUUAAAACUUGAGGGAAAUUAUUGGGUGCCAGUCAACAUAGAAUUAUUUUUAAGGUUUAAAGUGACACCUUUUCUUUCAAAACCUGUCCUCCUGCUGGAAAAUCAAUCUUUAAGAAAUAGUUUACACAAAAAUGCAAAAUAUGUGUUCAUUUACUCACCCUCAUGUCAUUCCAAACCUGUAGACUUACUUUCUUCUGCAGAACACAAAUGAAGAUAUUGUGAAGAAUGUUUAUUUUGAAGAACUGUUUUUAUCCAUAAAAU